AGUAUAGUAUAGGAAAUAUAGUCAGUAAUAUUGUAGUAACGUUAUUACUGGUGACUGUACUUACUGUAUUGAGCACUGAGUAACAUAGAAUUGUGGAAUCAAUAUGUUGUACACCUGAAACUAGUAUAACAUUGUAUGUCAACUAUACUUCAAUAAUAAUAAUAAUAAGUUGGCCAUAUAUGGGUGGAUCCAUUUUUGGACCCUGUUCUGUUGAUUUAUAUGUCUGUCCUUUUACUAAAACCACUUGUCUUGGUUAUGGUAGUUUUACAGUAAGUCUUGAAAUCUGGUAGUCAUAAGUACUCUGUUCUCUUCAAGUUGAGAAAAGAACCUGAUAAUCAAGUAUCUGCUUAGUGGUGGGUUGAAAGUUGAGGUAAAGAAAAAUUCAUAUUUACAAAUUGCCAAGUAAAUUUUUAGACGAUGGUAAAGAACUUGAGCACAUGGGAGGAAAUAGGUUGUUCCAUUAAGAAAAGAUUGUGACGAUUUAUGGAAGGAGUUGCUAUGCUUGAUGAGAAGAAAAAGGAUAAAGUCUGUGUUAAAGACAGCAAAGCUGAGAAACUUUGAAGUGAUGAUGACAAGAAACAAACAAACAAAAAAACACAAAAAUGUGGGGUCUUUAGGAACCGAUAGAACAAGCAGGAUAAGUCUCUAGGCAGAGAGACUCCCUUAGGGUCUACUAAGUUUAAGCUGCACAGCUUUUUAUAGAUGACUAGUAAACAUUCUACCCUAAAUAGCACUGGGAUUUCUGUGGAAGUUAGUCCUUUUCAGACCCUUUCACAUCAUGGAAUGAUAAUCAGUAUUGAUGUAUUAUGUAAGCUGAUAAUGAUUGAUAUGCUCUUAGAACAGAAGGUCUGUUCAUUUAGAUUUUUUUUUUUUUUUAAAGAUUUUAUUCAUUUAUUUGACAGAGAGACACAGCGAGAGAGGGAACACAAGCAGGGGGAGUGCGAGAGGGAGAAGCAGGCUCCACUCUGAGCAAGGACCCUGAUGCAGGACUCGAUCCGAGGACCCUGAGAUCAUGACCUGAGCUGAAGGCAGAUGCUUAACCAACUGAGCCACCCAGGCGUCCCAACUUCUGCAAAUUUUUUUAAAACAUUUAAUAGAGACAGUUGGAUUCUCAUCUCUGCCUCUGCAUUCAGUCUGAUGUGAUAACACCCAUCACAUAGCAUGUGAAAAGUUCCACUGUACGUUUAUCAGAGGAUGAGAGUGGAAAAGGCAGAUAACAUCUUACUGUGAAAAUUGUUUUGACCCUUCAGAUUCCCUGAAAGGGUGUCUGGACCACACUUUGAGGACAACUGAAUCCUAGACAUCACAUGUAGAAGUUUAAGCUGUUUAGCAUUUUCUGUGCAUCAUAGUUAACCCUAAAAGGAUGACAUCUGAACUGGAGAGCAGCCUAACAUCUAUGGACUGGUUACCACAGCUCACCAUGAGAGCAGCCAUCCAAAAAUCUGAUGCUACACAAAAUGCACAUGGAACAGGAAUUUCCAAGAAGAAUGCGCUCCUUGACCCAAAUACAACACUGGACCAGGAAGAAGUCCAACAGCACAAAGAUGGGAAACCUCCAUACAGUUAUGCCAGCCUCAUUACAUUUGCAAUUAAUAGCUCACCCAAAAAGAAAAUGACUCUAAGUGAGAUUUACCAGUGGAUUUGUGAUAACUUCCCAUAUUAUAGAGAGGCUGGCAGUGGUUGGAAGAAUUCCAUACGACAUAAUCUGUCACUGAACAAGUGUUUCCUUAAAGUGCCUCGAUCAAAGGAUGACCCGGGAAAGGGGUCCUACUGGGCAAUAGACACCAAUCCGAAGGAAGAUGCACUGCCUACUCGGCCAAAGAAGAGAGCACGAUCUGUAGAACGGGCCUCAACUCCAUAUAGCAUAGAUUCAGAUUCUUUGGGAAUGGAGUGUAUUAUUUCGGGAAGUGCCUCUCCAACUCUGGCAAUCAACACUGUGACUAACAAAGUAACGUUGUACAACACCGAUCAGGAUGGUAGUGAUAGCCCACGCAGUAGCCUUAACAACAGUCUCUCAGACCAGAGUUUGGCAUCUGUUAAUUUGAACAGUGUUGGAAGUGUGCAUAGUUAUACACCGACUUCUUGUGAGCAUCAGUUUGAAUGGCUGCAUAAAUUUACAGUGACAAACCAUCCAGAACCAGUCUCUCAGUCAUUAACUCCUCAACAGCAGCCACAGUACAACCUUCCAGAACGAGACAAACAACUCCUUUUCUCAGAAUAUAAUUUUGAAGAUCUCAGUGCCUCAUUUCGGAGCCUUUAUAAGUCAGUUUUUGAGCAGUCACUUAGUCAACAAGGUUUGAUGACCAUCCCUUCCGACUCUUCCCAGCAGUCCCACACCUCGUGUUCGUAUCAGCACUCUCCUAGCAGCACAGUGAGCUCUCACCCACAUAGCAACCAAAGCAGCCUGUCCAACAAUCAUGGCGGUGGCCUCAGCACCACGGGCAGUAAUUCGGUUGCACAAGUCUCACUGCCCCACUCCCAGAUGCACACACAGCCGUCUCCACAUCCGUCCCAUCGACAGCAUGGUUUACCACAGCAUCCGCAGCGUCCCCAGCACCCAGCAUCACACCCGCAGCAACACAGCCAGCUCCAGCCCCCUCACCCCCAGCACCCCUCUCCACAUCAACACAUACAACAUCAUCCGAAUCAUCAGCAUCAGACGUUAACACAUCAGGCACCCCCACCCCCACAACAGGUAUCCUGUAAUUCUGGUGUUUCAAAUGAUUGGUAUGCAACACUUGAUAUGCUAAAAGAAAGUUGUCGGAUUGCCAGCAGUGUUAAUUGGUCAGAUGUAGACCUUUCACAGUUCCAAGGUUUGAUGGAGAGUAUGAGACAGGCAGAUCUGAAGAACUGGUCUUUGGAUCAGGUUCAAUUUGCUGAUCUCUGUUCUUCUCUUAAUCAGUUCUUUACACAAACUGGCCUUAUCCACUCACAGAGUAAUGUUCAGCAAAAUGUCUGUCAUGGUGCCAUGCAUCCAACAAAACCUUCCCAACACAUUGGAACAGGAAAUUUGUACAUAGACUCCAGGCAAAAUCUCCCUCCUUCAGUGAUGCCGCCCCCUGGUUACCCUCACAUCCCACAGGCACUGAGCACUCCAGGAACGACAAUUGCAGGCCAUCACGGAGCCAUGAACCAGCAGCACAUGAUGCCUUCCCCAGCCUUCCAGAUGCGGCGCUCUCUGCCUCCAGAUGACAUCCAGGAUGACUUUGAUUGGGAUUCAAUUGUGUAGAGCUUGUUUCUGCAAGGCACCAGACUCCAGCGUCACCUUUCUGUGCAGUGAAGGGAAAGGUUGAAGAGAAUCCAGUUGAGAAAACAAAGUUGCUAAUCACUUUACCAAUGUUGUCAAAAUUUCUUUUGAAGACAAUCAAAAAGAUUUUAGCUGGAUAACUUACUGCUUUUAUCUGACCCAGACAAGUACUACAUGUUUGUCUCCCUGCCAGCUGCCCUGUGUAGCUCCUAACUGUUGUGUGAUUUGAACGGCUUUUGCAUAUUUGUGUCCGUUUGAUGUUGACCACAAGUGCCAGACUGAUUUUUCAGGCAGAGCCUAUUUUGCUGCAAGCAGUUUAUAGAUACAUAUGUGUAAAUAUAUGUACAAAAAUUACUGAAAGGCUUCAGUUUUUCUAAUUGGAUUAUUACGUCUUGAAAAGAAAGUUACUGUGAGUUUUUAUUCCUUCUUAGGCUAUUUUCUGCAGGAUGCUUUUAACUGAUACAGGCAACUGAAAGGAAAUAGAUUUUUUCAAAGCCCAGUUCCCCUUAUUUAAUCUUUUUCAGAAAUGUGGGUAUUGAGUUCUACUCAGUAAGUCAAAGAACCCAGAGUUUGAUACUCUCCAAACAAUCCAGAGGGGCAUGUUUUUCCUGAGCAGCAUAAAGAACUGACCAAAUUUGUUUUGAUGGUUGGGGGAUUGCGGAGUUUAUGUUGUACUUAGUCAAUGUCUGUUUUCCGAAAUCUGCAUUAUAACAGUUCUAAAAUGUAUUUGAUCAGUUAGCAGCUGGGCAUUGCUUGGCUCUUUAACAAAAUCAUUGCCUCCAUAUUCACUCAUGUAUUUAUUAUUUUCAAAAGUAUUAUUUUAAUAUUUAUUGCUGCCUUCUGUGAAUGCUCAGCUCCUGUUGGGUUCAUUAAGGAGAAGUGCGGUGUCUGAAAGCACAGAAUUGUUUUUCUUAAGAGUUUACAGACAAGACAAUCAGAGAGAUUGUGUCGUUCUCUUUAUCGUCGCUCCUUUUACCAUGUGAGUAUAUUUCUCUAUCUUAGCAUUCCUGCUGAUAUGUAUUAGCUACAUAGGAUUUUUCUGGAAUUCGAAUCAGAGUUCAUUUGGGCAAUAGAACAACAGGGCACUGUUUAUAAUGCAAGUUUCCUCACUUAUUCUCUUUCCAUUUAGGAAGCACUGAAAGGAGGAUAGAGCCACACACAGAUUUUAUUUGCCUUAGUCUUCAGUGCAGAUAUCCUUAAGUGGUCUGCUGUUUCUUUUGUCCUGUGUGUCUGUGUAUGCAUGACAUUGGGUUACUUUCUUUGAAACUCAGCGUGCCUCGUUGGGGUUUUUAUUGUUUUUUUUUGUUUCAUCUUGUAUCAUAGUUACUUUGCAUGGAUUGAUUGUCUUAGUUUUAUAAUAAAAGUAACAGAAAUGAGAUUUUUUUUUAAAUGAAUAGAUUUUGAAUUGGUUCUUUAGACCAUAAAAAAGGCAGAAUUUCUUUCAGUUAUAAUGGGGGAAUGAUAUGUUCCAUCAAAUCAAGGAUUAAUAACUGCUCACUGGUUGCUUUUUAGCAUCUGUAGUCUCCAUCUUUAUGCUUUAAAUCACUUUAGUUAGCCUUAGUGAUAAUGUGGUUGAGUGUUCUCUACUUGAACUAAACAGACAUCUUUGUUUCUGUAUGUGUGUAUGUGAGAGUGUUUGUCAACGUGUGUGGGUACUUUUUUUUUUUUUUAAUGGAGUGUUGCCUUUAAUGAAUCACUGGGAAGCCAGCCACAGUAAAGGCUGGUGAGGUUGGGGAGAAAGGAAGGGCUUUAUGUUCCUGUUGUUUGGACCCUGCUUGGCAUGAAAAAAGAAGCUCAGUUCCAGCCCCUUGGAUCAGUGAAAAUCCCAAGAUUCUGGCAAGGCAGCCAAUAGGCCCCUCUUACACAGAUCAGAGGCGAGAUGAGAUAGCAGCCUGCAGAGCAAAAACUUGAAAAAAUGGGGGGGAGGGAGGACUUUGAAUAGUCUGCUCAAGUCACUGUUUUCUAGAUACCAGAAUAGCUGUUUUGAAACUUUAAAUUGCUUGGGUAGCAAUGUGCACUUUAAACAAUUUGGGUAUUGGAAUGCAGUCUUACCUUGAAUGAUUUGAGUAGAAACCACUGAUGAAGAUUUUUACAAAUUUUGUGAAGCUAAUUUCCCAUUUGGCAAUCAUUUACUGAUUUGCAGUGAUCAAUAUUUUUAUGAGAAUUUAAACUUACCACAAAUGGCCCUGGAGGCAGAGCCUCCACUAAGACCCAUCACACUCCUGUGAUGCAGGUGGCCCGGGAGCCCAAGACAGGCCUUCUCAGUGGGCUUUAGCCAGCCAGAGCUACCUGGUGAGGUGCAGAGCAUCCCCUCUAGUGGCUGUUUCAGUUGGUAGUUGUUAUGCAGAGCAAGUUCUGUUUUGGGCUUAAAUUGAAGACUUUUGGGGAAAAGAAUAAAUGCAUAUAAUCAAACGGGGGUACUCUGUCCAGGAAAAUAAUCCGACUGGCAUUUGUGGCAGUUUUUUGAAAUGUAAAUGUAUUCAUGUGUGUUCUUGUAAAUAAUACGUCUCUCAGAUGUCCUUUUGCAGUGGGAGGGAAUCGAUCCGGGGAUUAUUUCAAAUGGAAUAGAGUAUUUUGAUAUUGUUCAUUCAGAGGGUGAUGUGUACAUAUCUAUAUUGUAUAUAUGUGAUGAAAAUGCAUUGGCUUUUUGUGCAAACACAGUCUGCUCUCUGUGCUGCUGUCGGACAGUCAGUGUUUUAAUGUUUCUACAAUUUUGCUAUUGCACGAUUUCAUAUUUUGCCUCUAUGAUGAACGGCACCCCUUCUUUGUAACUGUUUAGUGCUGUAAAGAAAUACCCCAAGUGUCAUUAGGAUUGUUGCUGCCAGAACUGAUAUGCAUGAAUGGCACUUAAAAUAAAUAUAUUAUGUUAACUCUA